CCCUCCCCUCCCCUCCAUUGUCGGCAGCCAAGCAGCCGAUGCGCCUGCUUCCGUCUCUGCAACGGAGAUGCUCUAGCUCUCUCCUGGAGGUUGCGCUUCCAGACAUUUGUCUGCGCCUGAGCCCUUUGCGCCGAAAGGGGCAGGAGAAAGCGAUGCCACUCGUGCGCCCCUGGCCACGCCAUCCCCCCUGGAAGCAACUAUGACUCUGCCGGGCCGCGUCUCCUGCUCCAUGCUCAACUGCUUUGGUGAGGAAGGCCCUCCCAGUCUGGAGUACAUCCAGGCCAAGGACUUGUUUCCACACAAAGAACUGAUUAAAGAAGAAGAAUCUUUACAGGUUCCAUUUACAGUGCUCCAGGGAGAGGGUGUGGAAUACCUGGGCCAUGCGAGCGACGCCAUCAUUGCUAUCUCCAACUACCGGCUCCAUAUCAAGUUUAAGGACUCUGUAAUCAACGUGCCUUUGAGGAUGAUGGAAAGCGUGGAGAGUCGGGACAUGUUUCAGCUGCACAUUGUAUGCAAGGAUUCCAAAGUAGUCAGGUGCCAUUUCUCUACUUUCAAGCAAUGUCAGGAGUGGCUGAAGCGGCUGAGCCGAGCCAUCGCUCGCCCCACAAAGCCAGAAGAUCUGUUUGCGUUUGCUUAUCAUGCCUGGUGCUUGGGGGUCUGUGCUGAUGAGGAGGACCAACAUGCCCACCUCUGCCGCCCAGGGGACAAUGUGAAAUACCGGUUUGAGAUGGAGCUGGCUCGGAUGGGCUUUGACUUGCAGAAUGUUUGGAGGGUUUCUGACAUCAACAACAAUUACAAGUUAUGUACCAGCUAUCCGCAAAAGCUCCUCGUUCCUGUCUGGAUCGCUGACAAGGAGCUGGAGAACGUGGCUUCCUUUCGGUCUUGGAAGCGGAUUCCAGUGGUUGUGUACAGACACCUGCGCAACGGGGCAGUGAUUGCACGCUGCAGCCAGCCCGAAAUCAGCUGGUGGGGUUGGCGCAAUGCGGACGAUGAGUACCUGGUGACCUCCAUUGCCAAAGCCUGUGCCUUGAACCCUGGCCAGAGGGUGGCUGGGGGGACUCCACAUUCUGGGCUUAGCGAUGGGAACGAGGCUUGCGACGCAGGGUUUGAUUCAUCACUGACGGCGGGUACAAGUGUGGAGAAUUCAGCAACGCCGCAAAAGCUGUUGAUCUUAGAUGCCCGGUCCUAUACCGCGGCUGUUGCCAACAGAGCCAAGGGAGGAGGCUGUGAGUGCGAAGAGUAUUAUCCAAACUGUGAGGUGGUGUUCAUGGGCAUGGCCAACAUCCAUUCCAUCCGAAACAGCUUCCAGUACUUGCGGGCAGUUUGCAGUCAGAUGCCGGAUCCCAGCAACUGGCUGUCAGCUCUCGAGAGCACCAAAUGGCUGCAGCACCUCUCCGUCAUGCUGAAGGCGGCUGUGUUGGUCUCGAACGCUGUAGACCGGGAAGGACGCCCUGUGCUAGUCCAUUGCUCAGAUGGCUGGGACAGAACUCCCCAGAUUGUUGCCCUGGCAAAGAUUCUGCUGGACCCUUACUACAGGACGAUGGAGGGUUUCCAGGUGUUGGUUGAAUCAGACUGGCUGGAUUUUGGUCACAAGUUUGGGGAUCGCUGCGGCCAUCAAGAAAAGGCAGAAGAUCAGAACGAGCAGUGCCCUGUGUUUCUGCAGUGGCUCGAUUCAGUGCACCAAUUGCUCAAGCAAUUCCCCUGCCUUUUUGAAUUCAAUGAAGCUUUCUUGGUGAAACUGGUUCAACAUACGUACUCCUGCCUUUAUGGGACCUUCCUUGGAAACAGCCCCUGCGAGCGAGAGAUGCACAACAUUGCCAAGCGCACCUGCUCCGUGUGGUCCCUCCUGAGAGCCGGCAACAAGAAUUUCCACAAUCUGCUUUACAUGCCUGGAAGUGAGCAGGUGCUGCACCCAGUGUGCCAUGUGCGUGCACUGCACCUCUGGACAGCAGUGUAUCUCCCAGCGUCCUCUCCGUGUCCCCUCGGAGAAGAGGGCAUGGACCUUUACUUGCCUUCUGGAUCCCAAUGUCAGGAAUUUAGCAGCAGAUCUCUUGACAGGUUACCAAAGACCAGAUCCAUGGAUGACCUGCUCUCAGCCUGUGAUCCUGGCAGCCUGCUGACCCGCACGUCGAGUGAUCCAAAUCUUAACAACCACUGUCAAGAUGUCAGGGUAGGCCUGGAGCCCAGACAUCCUAAUGCUGAGGAGGCAGCGGCAGGCAACGAGAGUGCAGGAGAGGAGCCGUCUCAGGUGCCCGAGCAGCAGGACCUCCAUCCUCCACAGAUGGCUGGGAGUUGCUGCUCUGGCAGUCACAAAAUCGAUCAGCCUCGUGUGCAGCAGGAUAACGGGGAGACACAGAAAUUGAAUAGGAUCUCUCCAGAGAUGGUAACAGUGAACGAAGCGAGUCCAGCAGCGACGGAAGGCACCUGCCCGACACAAAGUGCUUUGGGGCGAAAGAAACCUUUGGCGGAUUUGGUCAGAACAGAGGAGCAAUUGGAACAAUCUCCCUGCAGCAAUGUGAAAGGUGUUGGCAUGGAAUCCAAUGGCGCUUGGGACGUUGUGGAACCUUCCAUCCAGCCUUCGGCAUGUUCUCCCACGUGGAACCCCUCAGUCCCCAGUGUCCCAAAACAGGAUGCUCCAGGGGGCCAAAAGGAGGAGGAUGGCAAAAGCAGUUGUGUGAGGCAUGGAGAAGAAGGCAGCCAAAUGGGGAAAGCUCUUCCAGAGUGGUGGCGGAAAGGAAUUUCACAGAGCCAGACCAGCGAAUUCUCUCUUUUAGGAGCCAACUGGGACAGUUUUCAGGGACUGGGGACUUCACUGCCUGGGGGUGAUGUGGGUCCUCGGCGGCUCUUCUCCUAUGGCUGCUGUAACAAAAGGCUGAGCAGCAGGCCCUUCUGGACAUCCGGAUUGUGUCUUAGUGGCCAGUGGCCUUUGAAAGAAGGUGCAAAGCCCCCAACUUGCUCAGGCCCUUCUGGCGCACACUGCACAGGCCUUGCUGCAAAAUCUGGCCGGCUGUGGCUCCCCUGCCACCUGAAACAGGCCCUCGGCACCAAGCACGUGCCUCCAAACAGCCCUUCCCCAGUCUCUCCUCUCUACCUAGACGACGACGGGCUCCCCUUCCCCACGGAUGUGAUCCAGCACAGGUUACGGCAGAUCGAAGCCACCUACAAGCAGGAGGUUGAGCAGCUGCGCAGGCAGGUGCGAGAGCUGCAGAUCAGAUUGGACAUCCGCCAUUGCUACGCACCUCCAGCCGAACCGCAGAUGGACUAUGAAGAUGACUUUACCUGUCUCAAGGAAUCUGAUGGCAGUGAAAAUGAGGAUUUCUACUCUGACCACAGUGAAGAUUGCCUGUCGGAAGCGAGCUGGGAGCCAGUUGAUAAAAGGGAAACUGAGGUCACGCGCUGGGUUCCAGACCACAUGGCCUCACACUGCUUUAACUGUGAUUGUGAGUUCUGGCUGGCCAAACGCAGACACCACUGCAGGAACUGCGGGAAUGUGUUCUGUGCUGGCUGCUGCCACCUGAAGCUGCCCAUUCCUGAUCAGCAGCUCUACGAUCCGGUCCUCGUCUGCAACUCCUGCUACGAUCACAUCCAGGUGUCCCGUGCCAGGGAGCUGAUGAGCCAGCAUCUGAAGAAGCCCAUAGCCACAGCUUCGAGCUGAACGCCAGAAGAGGGAGCCUGUCCAAGCCUGGCCUUUUCAACUUGCAGACUGGAAGGGAAGGGCUGCCUCUGCUGCAGCUGGGGAGGUCGGUAACGCAGCACUUGAUCACCGAGCCUUGUAUGCACUGUUGGUGAUUUUUUCCCCACUUGGUGCCCCAUGUAUUGGAGAUGAGGAAAUUGGAUUAAAGAGUGAUGAUAUGGCUCACAUCCUGGUACUGUGCAUGGUCUGAAGACCUGAGGCUGAAUCGGAGACCCCGGUGUCUUUCUUCGGAGGGUUGGCAAGUGAUGUGGUGCAGGUGCUGCCUUGUUCCCCAAAGCAAUAGGAAGGCAUGAUCAGAAUAAGACCCUCUCCGCCCCACCUCACAAAGGCAGGCAGGCUGAAUUGUGCAAGAAAGAAGGCAGCCUCAGGGUGGUCUGUCUGCAGGAGAGCUCUGGCUGCAAUAGUCAUAUUUCAGUAGUGUUUGGCUCGCCAACCGCUGCCCUGGAGGGCUGAAGGCCGGCACUAAUACCAAAAGCAGGAGGGAAGGGACUCCCUUAUCGAGUGGAGUGUCUCUCUGCACAUUCCCUGUCUCCUUUCAGGGAACAGACUCCUUGCCCUAGCAGCUGGGCUGUUGUAUGUGAAAAGCAGAGUCAAGGUUGGCUUGCUGCUGUCCUGCCCCACCCCGCUGUGGGGGUCAGGCACCUGUUUUCAGCCUGGUGUUUUCACAGGAGCAACACCAUGCGCCUCCCUGGAUCCGCGCCACCGGGUGUGUUCUCCCCUCCUUGAUGCUGCAUUUGUGUCUCCCUAUUUCUUGUUGCUCUUUAUCCUGAAAACCUGAUGCCUGGAGGACAGGCAGACUACGUGGUUUUCUUUUCCUCCUGGAACGUGCUGUUUAGUGUGCUUGAGGGUUUCAGUCCAAAAUGCUGCUAAUGUUAUUUCUCUGCACUUAAAACUGUAGUCUGGAAAAUAAAUCGGAGGGGGGGGGCAGGGCGGGGGGAUGCCAAUAAUUAAUGGGAGAGAGAGAACACUGGCUAACGGGGACCCUUUCCCUGUUCCUGUCACUCAAGGUGCAAGGGGCAGUAAAAAGACCAUCACUGCAAGAAUGUUCUUCGCUAAACUCCUCGUUUGGAAAUAGGUCUCCUGAGCUCUGGCUGCUCGCUUCUGGGGACUUCCACUUCCAUCAAAACAAGUAUCCAUCGGCACUUUCAGAAAGGGGAGAGAAAUUCUGCUGACAUUUCCCCCAAUUUUCAUGAGCAGGGCCCAUGUCAUUUUUAUCUGUAGUUUGGGAAUGUAGAAGAAACAGGGUGGUGAGAUUUCUUUUUCCUAGUUAAUCCAAAGGUCCUUAGACCCUCCAUGUUGGAAGCACGUGCAAGGCCUCUUAUCUGAGUAGGAACUCGAAAACGCUCUCCUCUCCGUGACCAAACUUGAAUUUAUGCCGGCAUCUCACCCUAUGCUGGGUUUUUUAAUUGUCAGCAGAUUCCGUGUUUCUCUCUACUACUUCACGACCUUUCACAUUUCAGCCUGCUUUGGUCUUGAGCCUAAAAGCCAGUAUUGUCCUCUUGACACUGGAUCUCCCCUUGAAUUGCCCCAUGGCCCCUUUCAGGGAGCAAGUCACUACUUCUUGCUAAAAGGUGGGAUCUCUUUAAGUUGCCACACUCUGAACUUUAUCUGUACAAAAGUGUAUAUGUGUGAAAGAAGGAGGGUUCAGAUCUGGUUCCAUUUUCAGCUCAUUUGCACAAACUGCAACAGCAAAAACCUGGAGAGAAAAAGAGAGGGGGGGGGAAAGAAGUCAGCCAUGGUUAAUCAGAACUCCUUUCAGCUCUCAUGAAUUUGUGUCACUGUCUCCAGGCGAAAAAACAAACCCACCCUCCAGAAUCAGAUCAAUAGCUUUGUGACAAAACUAUGUGCUGUAAGAAAUUCAAUACAGUUGAAUAAAAUCUCUAUAUUAGU